GUUCAGUACCACCUGUGUCUAAUAACUCGUGCCAUCACUGCCUGUUGCGUCCGUGGCUCGGUUGAAGACCUAGUUGUUUUCAUUUAUGAAAAUGACAAAACACUGCCUCAUUUCAUAGGCCUAAAUAGCAUUAUCUUCAUUGGACAAAUGACAACGUCGUUUCAUCUGCCAACGCGUAAAGAAUGAUGCGGAUCGGUUCUAUCGUUCUACAUAACUGAGAAAUGUUUCCGCAUAUUGAUCAUUUUUUCUCCGCGAAUGUAGCCACGUUCUCAAGAGAAUCCCUCUUUAAGUUUUAACCACGACUCUAUGAUUGGCAUUAGUUGAUUCAGCGUCAAGAAAUUGUUCUUAGAAAGCGCUGGGUGGUUUUGGACAACGCUAAGUGACUGCCGAUGGACUCAUUGCUCGUGUUAACUGGUUUUGAGUCACUGGCAUCUCGGGAGGAACAUCGCGCGGCGCGCUGACAGAUCUCGGUGAUACUGUGGUGAUAGUCAUUGCGAUGUCCACAAAGAAGGCAUCGUUGAAGGAUAAAGAGACUAAAAACGGAACAUCAAAAUAUGUGUUGGAGAGAUGCGCCUCGGUUUGCGAGUAUUUUGAUAUUGCCUUCAAGGUGAUGCUACUGGGAGACUCUGCGGUGGGGAAGACAUGUGUGCUGGUGCGCUUUAAAGACGGGGCCUUUUUGGGAGGCAACUUCAUAGCCACCGUGGGAAUAGACUUUAGGAAUAAAGUUGUGACGGUGGACAACGCGAAGGUCAAACUCCAGAUCUGGGAUACUGCAGGACAGGAGAGAUUCCGCAGUGUCACGCACGCCUACUACAGAGACGCACAGGGUAAUCUCUGCUCUAUUAAAACACUUCCUGGUUGUGUGUGUGGUAGAAUGCUAAGAACACGUGGCUGUGUGAGACUCUCUGCCUUUCUCUCCUCAGCCCUCCUCCUACUCUAUGACAUCACCAGCAAGUCAUCCUUUGACAACAUCAGGGCCUGGCUGACUGAAAUUCAUGAGUAUGCUCAGAAGGAUGUGGUCAUCAUGUUGCUUGGCAACAAGACGGACAUGGCCGGAGAGAGGGUCAUCAAGCGUGAGGAGGGAGAGAAGCUGGCCAAGGAAUAUGGAGUCCCUUUCAUGGAGACCAGUGCCAAGACUGGAGUCAACGUAGAGCUGGCCUUCCUGGCUGUAGCAAAGGAGUUGAAGCACAGAGCUGCCCAGCAGCCCAACGAGCCCAAGUUCCAGAUCCAUGAAUACAUUGCGUCUGAGAAGCAGAAGUCUGGCUGCUGUGGUGGCUACAUGUAGCUGAACCUCUCACCAACUGUUACACCACACCAGGCCACAGUGAGAGAGGAGCGAGAGAGAUACAAACAUCUAUGGAGGGAGGGAGGGAGGGAGGGAGGGAGAUAAAGAGAGAGAGACAGAGCAGUAGAGAGACAGUCCCCCUAAAAUAGCAUCAUCUGAUAGAGAGUAGUCAAGAAGAGCAGAGCAACCACAUUGUGAAAAAGAGAGCACCUGGUCUGCUCACCACCUACUUGGAAAGCCUAUGGCAACUAGACAACCCUCAUUCUGCCCCUAUUAGGAGAAAAACCAUGUCAGUGUUUUCAGUUAGAUAGAAAUCCUUUACCAGUGUAUUUAAAAUGUGAAUUUAUCUUUGAAACAUGCUCAGAUCAUUGAGUUAAUGUGUAUCACAUGCUGCAGCUGCAGCCUGUCAGCCUUACUCAUUAUUGCCAUAAGGAAGGAUUGGAAAUCCAAAUGGAAUUUCUUGCCCCAAUAUUGCCAUAAGGAAGGAUUGGAAAUCCAAAUGGAAUUUCUUGCCCCAAUAUUGCCAUAAGGAAGGAUUGGAAAUCCAAAUGGAAUUUCUUGCCCCAAUAUUGCCAUAAGGAAGGAUUGGAAAUCCAAAUGGAAUUUCUUGCCCCAAUAUUGCCAUAAGGAAGGAUUGGAAAUCCAAAUGGAAUUUCUUGCCCCAAUAUUGCCAUAAGGAAGGAUUGGAAAUCCAAAUGGAAUUUCUUGCCCCAAUAUUGCCAUAAGGAUGGAUUGGAAAUCCAAAUGGAAUUUCUUGCCCCAAUAUUGCCAUAUUUACAAAGAAAUGAAGAAAUGAUCUGAUCACUUUAUGUAAAGAUGUUAGCUGGAAUAAAAUAGUUUUUUUUGGGGGCUCAUGGCUUCAUAUGUUUCACCACAUUCUAUUCAGGACUAAAUGCCAUUAUACAUGUUGUAUGAGGAGUACCCUCUACUACUGUGGUGUCAUACACAGCGUGUUCCAGAUGCGGCCUCUACCGGCUAAAAAUAUGUCUAAUGACAGUAAUUUUGUAAUUAUACUCCAACUUAAAAGUAUUUUCUGAAAUGUUGUGGUCAAAUGUUAAUUGAGGUGGUGGUCAGAAGUUCCAGCAUGAGUUUUGAUUUGCUUUUAAAUGUGCCAUCCACCACGUGCCAUCCACCAAUGAGAGAGCUCCCUCAGACACUGUUGUUGUGGAGCCUCUAUCAGUCAUCAUUAAUGGAUGUUAUUGUUGUGUCUCUACUGUACAUGGGUUGUUCAUGGGUUGCAUUGUGUAAAAUGUUCCUUUGUAUUUGGUUCAUUAUGAAUGUUUGCUUAUUGAAUUUGCUUGAUGUCACAAUUAUUGUCACUCUCUAUGGAGGUGUCACAGUGAUCACAAAGUGCCAUGGAAAAGUGCUUUGUUAUCGUACAGUAUAUAAAAACUAUUUUUUGUAAUGAA